AUGAGAAUGCUUUUGUUUUUGACUUUUCUGGCUCUUGGAGCUGCCAACAUCGGUGCCAUGGCCCUAGAAAGUCCCUUGAAGAGGCUGGUGGCAGAGACCUUGACACUGCUCUCCACUCAUCGGACUCUACUGAUCGGCGAAGGGAACCUGAUGAUUCCUACUCCAGGACAUAAAAAUUACCAACUGUGUAUUGAAGAAGUCUUUCAGGGGAUAGACACACUGAGGAAUCAAACUGCAGAAGGGAACGCUGUGGAAAAACUGUUCCAAAACUUGUCUUCAAUAAAAGACUACAUAGAUGGUGAAAAAAAAAAGUGUGAAGGGGAACGGUUGAGAGUGAAAAAGUUCCUAGACUACCUGCAAGUAUUUCUUGGCGUGAUAAACACUGAGUGGACAAUGGAAAGUUGA